AACUCGAACAUUUAACUCAGUCUAGCCGCGGCGUUGACACGCGUCAUACGUGAAAUCCGAUCGUACAUUUCCGUACAUAUUUUUCUUUUUUAUCCCAUCAGCAUUCGUAAGGUGUUGUUCAAAAUGAAAUAUUUCGUUGCUUUUGCCGUUUUCGCCUUGGCUUUUGCCGCUGAAGAAAAGAAGGAGGAUGACAAGCCGAAGACCUACAAGAGGCUGAUCCCCGCCGAUGUUUUAAGAGAUUUCCCCGGAAUGUGCUUCGCUUCAACACGUUGCGCGACUGUCGAGCCUGGCAAUACCUGGGACCUGGCUCCCUUCUGUGGACGCAGCACCUGCUACGUCAGCGAGGACCAGCCACCCAGGCUUCUGGAGCUCGUUGAGGACUGUGGACCUCUGCCUCUGGCUAACCCCAAGUGCAAGUUGGACACUGAGAAGACCAACAAGACCGCGCCCUUCCCCGGCUGCUGUCCUAUCUUCACUUGCGAGGAUGGCGUGAAGUUGGAGUACCCUGAGCUCCCCACCCCUCCCCCAGAAGCUGAGAAGAAAGAAGAAGAAAAGAAAGCUUAAGAAGUCAACAGAAGCUAGGGCAUUUUACACCUAUAAACAACACUAAAGUCUGCUACCACAAUGCAAACGUGAUUGGUCGGAUAUCACACGAUAACUCAAAUGCUGGAUUCUCAUUGGCUGGCUGUUCUAACAGUGAUGGGAAAGUAAAAUGCCCGGUGAUACGUUUUUUAACAAACGUAUGAAGAAAAAUUGGUCUCAAAAAAUAUUCCUUUAAUACUUACACCAAAUGUUCUGUUUGACUGGAAUAAGUUUUGACCACGAUAUAUUAAUUUUCUUUGUAAUUUUUUGCUACUUUUAUCUUGCCUUGACGGUAAAAAUUUGACUAAAAAACCUAUGAUUUUUAUCAGUUCUAGUUAAACAGUCGUGCGGAACAUAUUUUCGUGGUUAGUAAGCACAGUUUUUGAUGUGGCCGAGUUACGAAUGAGUUCAAAAGUAUUCUUUUAUUUCCUGCUCUUUAUUAACUUAACAAAUAAAUCUGAUAACGGCCGGUUUAGUCAUUGUCCACAGUAGGAAGUGUAUUCACACUGAAACCAUGACUCAUGAUUGUGAUUUGCGUAGCUGGGAAAAUUUACAGAAAAUAAAAUACACAAAAAAAUAUUUCAUAAAAAUAAAAUACGAUACAAAA